AUGGCCGAGCCCGAUCCGAUGAGAGAGCGCCGAAAGCGGUACCGCAAGUCCCUCACUCACUACAGUGAGUCGUCAACCUCAUCACAGCAAGACUGCUCCGACUUGCCGGCCAGUGAUGUCCCAUACAGCCAGCCCAAUGCUUCUCGGUUGAGCUUUGGCUCGGACGAUCCUUACGCACUCCCGCCCCUACCCCCUUGCGACGAAGAAAACAUGACAAUCAACGAGCCCAAGAAGCAAGCAAGAGGCGCCACCGAGCGCGAAGAGACCGCCGAGCUCCGCAGCUUCUUCCAAAUCGACCGCGUUCGACCUCAAGAUCUCCCCUCCCCACCUGACCCGCGGAGCUUCUUCGACUGGGACGAUGGCACAAGCGAUGGCUCCUCCACCCGCCUGAUGGAAAAGGGCGACAUGCGCGCUUUCAAACGAGCAAACAAACGCACGCAGUAUGCAAGAGUCUUUGGGACGGGGGUGACGGUUGACGAUUGGAUGGAGAGCGCGAGGAACUACUCGAAGAAUAGCGGGAGUGACGGGUCUGGCUCUCUGUCUCGUCGCUCCAAGCCGGAAGAUCCACGCAAGAGGAUGAGUGUGCUGAAAGUAUUCGAUGGUCCGAUGUGGACUGAUGAGGAUGAUGUGGCGAGAUCGCUUGGCCGAGCGAAGGAUGCGACUACGGGUCCAGAUUCCUGGCCGUUGUACAGCUCGUCCAUCGAUCCAGCGGCUGGCUUUGAUCGCGAUGCGAAGUUUGCGACCCUGCCGAAUGGCUUCCGCUACAUUGACUGGAGUAAGAGCAACAGCACGCCCAAACCCGGCAAGCCCAAGCGCGGACGCGAUGUGACUCCGUUCUUCCCUGCGUUGUCUACUGCGAGCCUCCAUUCGAGUAGUCCUCCAGACGAGCUGGUCGGCAUAUUCGCUCCCCGAACGCCGCGUACCGAUCGUUCUGGCACGCACACCUCGCUCAAAACGGCUGCCUCUGGCUCCACCACAACGCUGUAUACCCGAUCCAGCCUGGAGAAACGAAAUCUGGCAGAGUCACGCAAGCCGUCGGGAGAGAGCAUGAUUACUGGCAAAGGUGUAAGUGAUCCCUUCAUGAAUUUUCCUCCCCUCCCCUCACUGCCCACUACGCCCAUGGUGGAUCGAAGGAAGGUGUACGGAAUGGAUCAAGGAAGCAGCACCGGCCUCGCUGCCCUGAUAAGAGACGAAGAGAUGAAGCUGUCCUCAUCCCCACACCUACCACGCCUGAGUCUCAAAACUUCGCCAUCGCAACUCACUUACGACACAUUCAUCCCCACGUCGCCAGAGGCUAGCUCUCCCGCCAUUUCCGAUGCGCAAACUCCCACUCGCUUCAAAGGGUACCCGCGCGGACCGCAGGACCCAGAGUGGGACGAGGCAGUCAAGCGUGUAAAGAAGAUGGUCGCAGAAACGGAAAAGCGCGAAGCGCUCGAAGCCAGCAAGCAAGCGAAGGAACUCAGCGUGCGCGCCAAGAAAGCGCAGAAGCUGCGUGCGGGCAAAGCGGCCAUUAUGCGCGGGAGUCAAUUCGGGUUCGCGACAAGGAAGCCCAUUGAAGACAUCACCGAAGAAGAAUUCGAAGCUGUGGGAGCCUUCAGCAAUGCGGCGGCGGCGGCGGAGCAGGUGACGCCGAAGGGGAGAAAAGUCAAGACGUUGGGGGCGCUGUUUACGAAGAUGAGGGGUUCGGCGCUGGAGAGGGAGGAGCAGGUUGCGCGCACCAGGACGCAGCUGGAGAAGCACAAGUCGUUGGAGGUUUUGCUCGCUUCUUCCACCCCUGGAGGAGCGUCGAGCGGAGACGAGGAGGACUUGAGGCACUAUGAUGAGGUGCUGCGGUUGUUGAAAUGCGAUGAGUGGCGGCAGGAGGAGGAAGGGAGGUCCCCGACGGUGGGGAAGAUGCUGGAGCAUCGCGCGCGAAGAUCAGGGAAAUAUGGCAUCCUGCCAUCGCCUGACAAGAUGGCCGUCUCGGCUGGCAGUGAUGUGGAACCGCACUCGAUUGGGCUUGGCAUCACGACAAACGAUAAGGUGCCGGCCCCCAGUCCUUCAGCACACACGUCGUCUACGAUGACAAAGAGUCCGCAGCUUCAAGAUCUGGUUGCGGAGUAUGUUCGAACGCCACGCGAGAAAGACGAUGCUGCGAACGAAGAUGGCAGCAGCUGGUGUACUGAGAGCGUUUACUCGCAGGAUGAGGCAUAUGAGCAGAAGCACGAGACGUUUCUCAUUGACGACAGCUCGCCAGAAGGAGCAUCGGCAAACGACUCACCUGACUUCACGCCACACGGCCCUGUCGGAAACAUCGACGGCAACGAAAGGAAGGGCGAGCCCGAGGAACUGGAUGCCGUCCCAGCACCCCUCAACAUCAAAGUGUUGAAAGUCCGACCAAGCUUGACACAGUUACGGUCCACAGAUGCAGGCUCCUUUGCACCAGAGCGUCAGGGCUCGUUUCGAGCGAAAAUUCAAGCAGCCAGUCGGUUGCAGAAGGUCGUCAUUGGGAGCCGGAGUCAUCCUGCUUUGCGUGCGGCGGCUGAGGAACAAGCCUUGUUGGAUGAAAGAGCGAAGCUUCCCAGAAGCUCUACGAUUCGCGCGAGGAGCGAACCCUUCGAUGCUGAACUGGCAUCGAUGCCAGAUGUGCCGAUGCAUCAGACUCAGCAGACUGCGCUCACAGAGCCAAUACCACAGCGCAAAUUUGCCUCCGAUCAUACACCAAGUCCGAAGAAACUGGCAGCGGCAGCAAAAGCGAACAGCCAGCAAGACGUGGACAUUCAGAAACUCCGCGCAUCCGUCGGUCUGCCCCCUUUACUCCUCGCGUGUGGCUCCGAUUCCCUCAAACACCCCAACCACCCCUUCACAUGGAACCACGAGAAAGUCAUGUGCCGCCAGAUCCACACUCCCGAUGACGAGAGUGCGCCAUCCCCUCCACGAAACCUGGGCAACGCCUUCGCGCAAGCACAAGAACAACAAUCGACCACUUGCCCCCUCUGCGGUGCACAAUGCUGCCACUUUGCGCGCCUGCUCACCACCUCGCAACGCAAAUCUACCGACGUCACAGACGCCGUGAUCAAGAAUCAGGCUGCGCGUGGCUUGCAGCAGCUUCGGAGUUUGCAUCCUAAUGGCGUUGAAGACUACGAUACUUUCUUGCCUUGUUUUGGGUGUGGGACGCGUGUUUGUCCUAAGUGUGCCAUCAGGUGUGGGGAGGCGAUGUGUGCUGCUGUUGUUUGUGGGCGGUGUGCGGAGGGGGCGGAGAGGUGUCCUGUGCAUAACUUUUUUUGA